AUGGCAGAAACUCGCAACAUUGUCAUCUUGGGUGCUUCCUACGCCGGCUCAGGAGCAGCACACUACUUCCUCAAGCACGUCUAUCCCCACCUCCCCAAGUCCUCCAAGGUCACCUACCGGGUCAUUCUCGUCGAUCCCAGCGCCAAGUGGUACCUUCGACAUGCAUCGCCACGAGCCAUCGCCAGCGAGGAGCUGAUGCCGACCAAGCAUGUCUUUCUCAACACCGUGGAUGGCUUCAAGCAGUACGGAGACGCUUUCCAGUUCAUCCAGGGGAGUGCGACGUCCUGGAAUCCCGAGACGAGAAUUGUGACGAUCAGCACUGGACAUGGCAAGGAGGAGCAACUUCCAUACCACGCUCUUGUGCUCGCGACGGGAACAAAGACGACAAGUCCGCUCUUCUCGCUCCAAGGAACUCCGCACACAGAUAUCCAAGCAGCGCUGCGAACCGUCCGUGAUCAGGUCUCGCGAGCAAAGAAGAUUGUCAUCGCAGGAGGCGGUCCAGCUGGUGUCGAGACCGCCGGUGAGCUUGGCGAGAUGCUGAACGGCUCUGCUGGUUGGUUCUCCUCCUGGCCAUCUCACAUCACCACCGAAAUCACCCUCAUCACCAACUCGUCCAAACUUCUCCCAAAGCUUCGCGAAUCCAUCGCCAAGCAAGCCGAAACGUACCUCAACCGCGUCGGUGUCGAGGUGCGGUACAACACCAAGGUCUCCUCGGCCACGGGGCCGUCCAACGGCAAGACGACCGUCCUGCUCCAUGACGGAGAGGAACUCAUCGCCGACCUCUACAUUCCCGCCACAGGUCUGGUGCCCAUGUCCGAAUACGUCCCAUCGCGCCUUCUCGAUGGAAAUGGCUACGUCAAGAACAACCCAGAGACACUCCGCGUCGACGAAGCAGGUCCCAUGGUCUAUGCCGUGGGCGACAUUGGCACCUACUCCCGCAACGGAAUAAUGGACAUCAUGGACGGCGUUCCUGUUGUGAAUUCGAACCUGAAGCGAGACCUUCUCGCGGCGCAUGAGAAUGUCGAUGCUAAGCCCACGGGACCAGAUCGAAAGUGGAAGGCGACAGCGGCGGAGACUCAGCUGGUUCCAGUCGGGCAAUCGAAAGGUGUUGGUGCAGUCUUUGGUUGGCGGGUGCCCAGUAUUUUCGUUUGGUUGAUCAAGGGAAGAACCUUCAUGAUCAGUGAGUCUGCUGUGAAGGAUAGCUUAAUGGGGAAGAACUGGGAGAAGGAGAAGGCUUGGGAUGGGAAAUAG